UAAAAACAGAAAUGGCUGAUCCGGGAGACGACACAAAACACAGCUUCCAUUUUGAGGAGAAAAGGAAAUCUAUAUGCAGAAUUUAUUUGGGCGCAUGAAUAUUCAGCAGCUGCUGCGAGCAGCUGAGCUCUCGGUUUUACAUUUUUGCAGGCGAGGAGCGAGGGGUAGGAGGAAACCUCACACUGUCUGCGCUGCGCGCUUUGGGACGCUCUCCAAGGUAAAGUGCCUGGGAUCCCUGGCGCUCAUGUUGGGGUUAUAACAGGAGACGCAGACGGACGUGUUUAUGCCACACAGGCAGAGUGCGGCUCCUGCAAACAUGAAGACUGGAGACAAGUGAGGGGGAAAAAAAAAAGAAAAAGAAAUAAAUAAAGCAAAAGGCCGGGAGUCUCAGCUGGGAACUUUUUGGCCUCUGAAGAACAAAAGCAGCUCACCAAAGACCAAAAAGAUCAGACAGAAAGCUCGAAGCUUUGAAACAUAAGGGACCGACUGUUGGAUAUUCUGCAGCGUAAAAUUGAGCUUAUCUGAAUCUCCAAGACGAAGGAGAGAAGACAUGCCAGGCCCGGGAGGAGCAGAGCCGAAGGGAGAGGAUUUCUCCACCGCCAUCCUGAAGGAGAAACACAGACCCAACAGGCUGAUUGUGGACGAAGCGCUCAACGAGGACAGCAGCAUCGUCAGCCUGUCGCAGAAUAAGACGGAGGAGCUGCAGCUCUUCCGCGGCGACACCGUGGUGCUGAGAGGACGGAAGCGACGGCAAACCGUGUGCAUCGUCCUGACGGAUGACACCUGCGGGCACGAGAGGAUUCGGAUGAACAGGGUGACGCGCAACAACCUGCGAGUUCGCCUCGGUGAUGUCAUCAGCAUCCAUGCCUGCCCUGACAUCAAGUAUGGGAAAAAGAUCCACCUCCUCCCCAUUGACGACACUAUUGAGGGCCUGACAGGGAACCUCUUUGAAGUUUUCCUCAAGCCGUACUUUCUGGAGGCGUACCGGCCAGUACACAAAGGUGACAUUUUCUUGGUGAGGGGAAGCAUGAGAGCUGUAGAGUUCAAGGUGGUGGAGACGGACCCGAGCCCUCACUGCAUCGUUGCCCCAGACACUGUCAUCUACUGCGAAGGAGAGCCGAUAAAAAGAGAGGAUGAAGAGGAGAAUCUGAACGAUGUCGGGUAUGACGAUAUCGGCGGCUGUCGGAAGCAACUCGCUCAGAUCAAAGAGAUGGUGGAGCUUCCUCUCCGGCACCCAGGGCUCUUCAAGGCGAUCGGAGUUAAGCCCCCCAGAGGCAUCCUGCUUUAUGGCCCUGCAGGUACAGGGAAGACCCUUGUGGCCCGAGCGGUCGCCAAUGAAACCGGCGCCUUCUUCUUUCUAAUCAACGGUCCCGAGAUUAUGAGUAAGUUGGCAGGGGAGUCUGAAAGCAACCUAAGAAAGGCGUUUGAGGAGGCAGAGAGCAAUGCUCCGGCCAUCAUCUUCAUCGAUGAGCUGGACGCCAUCGCUCCCAAGAGAGAGAAGACUCACGGCGAGGUGGAGAGGCGCAUCGUGUCCCAGCUCCUGACCCUGAUGGAUGGGCUGAAGCAAAGGGCUCACGUGGUUGUGAUGGCGGCGACGAACCGGCCGAACAGCAUCGACUCCGCUCUGAGACGCUUCGGCAGGUUUGAUCGAGAGAUCGACAUUGGGAUCCCAGACUCCACCGGCAGGCUGGAGAUCCUGCAGAUCCACACCAAGAAUAUGAAGCUGGCAGACGAUGUCGACCUGGAAAAGAUCGCCACGGAAACACACGGACACGUGGGCGCCGACCUCGCCGCUCUGUGCUCAGAAGCUGCUCUGCAGGCAAUCCGCAAGAAGAUGACGCUCAUCGACCUGGAGGACGAGACUAUCGAUGCUGACCUGCUCAACUCUCUGGCCGUCACCAUGGAUGAUUUUCAGUGGGCCCUGAGUCAAAGCAACCCAUCAGCUCUGAGGGAGACCGUAGCAGAGGUUCCUCAGGUCAACUGGGAGGACAUCGGUGGUCUGGACGAGGUCAAACGAGAACUCCAAGAGCUUGUUCAGUAUCCAGUGGAGUAUCCUGACAAGUUCCUGAAGUUUGGGAUGACGCCGUCCCGUGGGGUGCUGUUCUACGGCCCGCCGGGCUGCGGAAAAACACUCCUGGCGAAGGCCAUCGCCAACGAGUGCCAGGCGAACUUUGUGUCCAUCAAAGGGCCUGAGAUGCUCACCAUGUGGUUCGGAGAGUCGGAGGCCAAUGUCAGAGAUGUGUUUGACAAGGCCAGGCAGGCGGCCCCCUGCAUCUUGUUUUUUGACGAGUUGGACUCCAUCGCGAAGUCCCGAGGAGGCGGGGCGGGGGACGCCGGCGGAGCCGCGGACAGAGUCAUCAACCAGAUCCUCACCGAGAUGGACGGCAUGUCAGACAAGAAGAACGUCUUCAUCAUCGGCGCCACAAACAGACCUGACAUCAUAGACCCGGCCAUCCUGCGGCCGGGCCGUUUGGACCAGCUCAUCUACAUCCCGCUUCCAGACAAACCCUCUCGCACAGCAAUACUGAAAGCCAACCUGCGCAAAUCACCCAUUGCCCGGGACGUGGACCUGGACUUCCUCUCUGGGAUCACUGAGGGUUUCUCCGGAGCCGACCUGACGGAGAUCUGCCAGCGCGCUUGUAAGCUGGCCAUCCGGGAGGCCAUCGAAGCCGAGAUCAAGGCUGAGCGUCAGAGGCAGAGCAGACCAGGAAUCCCCAUGGACGAGGACUUCGACCCAGUCCCAGAGAUCAGGAAGGACCACUUUGAAGAAGCCAUGCGCUUCGCUCGUCGCUCUGUCAGCGACAACGACAUCCGCAAAUACGAGAUGUUUGCUCAGACUCUGCAGCAGAGCCGAGGUUUCGGGAACUUCAGGUUUCCGUCUGCUACGGGAACCCGGUCUGGAGGUCAGGGGUCGGGGCCAGGUUCUGGAUCGGAGAGGCCGGGUCUGUACAGAGAGGAAGGGGAUGACGACCUCUACCAGUGAUGAUGAUGGUUUGAUACCAGAAGAGAAGCAAGAGGUCAAAUGAAAAGUGUUUGUCUAAAUCUCUGUGACUGAUAGAAACUAUAAAAUUUUUACAAUGAAAUGUAAAAGCAUAAAGAUACAGUGACUGUUUUGAGUAAUGGUAAAUAAAUGUUGAUUUGUUUUUUGUUUUAUUUGCAUUACAUUACUUAUUGUAAUGCAAAUAAACUUCAUAACAUUCAGGAUGUUAUGAAGAGAAGAUAAACUGGCCUCUUGUCCAGUCAUCCAGUCUUUUGCAUUAAUAUUAAUUUUUCAUGUCGUGUCGGAUGUCGAGUCAUUUUGAAAAAAAUACUAUGUAUGUAUGAAAAUACUUUGUGCUGAAAUAAUAAAGAUAAAUAUGAUGGCCUACCUCCAAACAGAUGGUAAUUUCUCUGCUUCAGUACAUUAGUGAUACUUGUUUACAUUAGACAUAUUCAUUAUCCUUUAAAAUGUGUUCCAGUGAUCUCAGUGAUUUAACACAAAACAUAAAACCAAAGAUUUGAUUUUUUUGUGUCCAGAGAUUAUUAUAAAAAUAUUUUAAGUAAGUGAAACAGAAAACGAGUCACCAAUAAACCCAUCAUACCUCAUAAAACAUUCUGAACAACCUCUUUACCUUGUCUUAUGUCACUAUUUGUUUUAAAUGCUGCUGUUUCUGAAUUGAUUGAUAUUUCAUUUAGUCAUUUCUCAAAAACAAAAAACUGUCUUUC